AUAAACAAAGUAACCAUUCUAGUAGCUUAAUUUCAUCUACAUUUCGACAAUGAAAGGAACAUUGGUGUUGACUUGGAUUCUAAUCAUCUACCUCUCCCAAAUAGCAGUGCAGAGCCAGUACUACUCGGAGAUCCUACCCUAUGAUCCCGAGCCGGUCAAGGUCACCAAUCUUCACUUCUAUUUGCACGAAACUCUGAACGGUCAAAACCCAACAGCAGUGAACAUAGCCCAAGCUAACAUUACCAAUAAUUCAUCGGUGCCAUUUGCCACCCUAGCUGCCGUUGAUGAUAUUCUCAAGAUAGGUCCUGAGGAUAACUCUGAGGUGAUCGGAAAUGCUCAGGGACUUGGACUCUUGCUUGCUGGAAAUACAACAACCGGUGUGAUGUACUCGGAUUUCGGAUUUACUGCGGGUAAGUUCAACGGCAGCUCUAUAAGCAUAUUUUCAAGGAAUACGAUAAUAGAGCCAGGGCGUGAGGUUGCGGUGGUCGGAGGAAGAGGAAAAUUCAGGAUGGCAAAAGGGUUUGCACUACUUACGACUUACUUUCUAAAUGCCACCGCUGUCAUUAUUGAAUUUAAUGUCACUGUAAUCCAUUACUAAAUGUUAUUUAUAGAUUCAAUUCUUUUACAUUGUGCAAAA